UUCUUCCUCGUUCCCACUUAGCUGAAAACCUAAACUCCCUUUUUCUCUGUCUCAAAAUUCUCUUCCUCUCGCACUCCGACAAUGGAGUUCUGGGGAGCUAAAGUUAAGGCCGGUAAGACUCUUAAAGUGAAGCCUGGUGAAAACUGCCUCAUCCACAUCUCUCAGGCUUCCCUUGGUAAAUCGAAAAAGGGAGUAUCGGGCCACUUGUAUGCCACCAUUGAUGACAAGAAACUCCUCCUUGGGACACUCUCUCAAGAUAGCUUCCCUCACAUCAACUUUGAUCAUCUCCUCUUUGACAAAGAAUUUGAGCUCUCCCACAGCUUGGAGAGAGGAUAUGUGCAUUUCAUUGGCCACCAGCGCACCAAGAAGAAGAGGGCUAAUGAAUCUUCCAAAAUGCAUGUCUCCUUCAAUAAUACAGGUAAGAGCGUGUUACAACCUUGUUUACAGAGCAAAACAAAUCUGAAGAAGCAGAAGAUACAAAAUGAUAAUUCUGAGGAAAUCAAAGAAAUGAAUAAAUCUAUCAAAGAGCUGUCUGAAGCUGUGAAAACGCUGCAACAGAUUCUAUUGACAAGAGCCGAUCCACCAGAGGAGAAAGAAACCCCAAAGAAAAAGGAGGAAGAAUCUUCUUGCUGUUUCGGAUGUAAAGAAGCGAGGGGAAACAAUGACCGAACCAUAUUCGUUAAAGGAUUUGAAAAUCUGCGACCUAAGGAUGAGAUAAAGAAUGCACUGAGUAACUUUUUCAGUUCUUGUGGAGAGGUCACAAGGGUUUAUGUUCCUAUAGAGUGUAGAAACCGUCUUCCCUUAGGGUUUGCUUUCAUUGAUCUGAGAAAUGGUGAAGGCAAUGAGAAGGCGUUAGAACUAAAUGGAAGUUACAUGGGAGGAAGAGAGCUUGAGGUGACGAUGGCUAGUGAUAGAGAGGAGUACUAUGGCUUUACUGACUUUUAUGGGUGUGAACUCUGUCAAAUGUUUCUAUCCUAUGAUUACAUGAACCCCGUCAACAACUCCUCCUCGGUUAAGAAAAAACGUGGUGCUGUUUAUUGGUGAGAUUCACCGUUUACUUCCCUUUUUGGCAUCCCCUAGCGACGAAACACAGCUAUCGUUUUACUAUUGAUGCUAUAUUUUGUGUUUAUCUACCAGCUACGUCAAACUAAUUUUAUUGACUAGUUUUUUUUUUUUUUUUUGUCAAAUAUUGACUAGUUUAUUUACAUAUAUUUCAUGUGUAAUAUGAAAAAAAUAGUAUCAUGACUCGUG